CAUUUUAUAAUUGACAGAGAAACAACAAGAACGUGUUUAGAUUUUGCAUUCAUUAGUUGAAAAGCAGAUUUUAGUGAUUAAAAAAGAAAUUAGUUGUGAAAUUUUUAUUAAAAAUGUCCAAUUUUACUUGCAUUAAUUGCAGCGUUAAAUUCGCCUCGGCAGAUAUACAACGUGAACAUUACAAAACAGAUUGGCAUCGUUACAAUCUCAAACGUCGAGUGGCUGAAUUGCCACCAGUCACUGCGGAGGAAUUCCAGUCGCGUGUCAUACAAAUGCGCAAUGCUGAGGCCACCGCUAAUGAGGAGAAACAAAUGAGUUUGUACUGUAACGCGUGUCGCAAACAGUUCGGUAACCAGAAGGCCCACGACAAUCAUUUGAAUAGCAAAAAACACAAGGAUAAUUUGGCCAAAUUUGAGAGAGAAAAUCAAGGAGCAGAAGUAGAAAUAACUACUAAAUCUGUCAUACAACCCAGACCACAUCCUGCCAUAGCUGCUGCUGCUCAAGGUAAAGGUAAAUUUGCCCUACAGCAAGUGGCCCAGGCGGAAGAAAUGGAGGCCGAUGACGAUGAUGAUGACUACGAGGAUGUUGAGGAAGAAGUGGUAGAUUCCGAUGAAUUAGAUGAUGAAUUGGCUGAAAAUCCUUUAACAGAUAAAGAUUGUUUGUUUUGUGUUCACAAAGCCGAAGAUAUUAUGGAUAAUUUGAAACACAUGUCCGAAACACAUUCCUUUUUCAUACCCGACCUGGAGUACUGUACGGAUUUGGAGGGUCUUCUUAAUUAUUUGGGUGAAAAGGUGGCUGUUUACUUUAUCUGUUUGUUGUGCAAUGACCGCGGUAAGACUUUCUAUACUUUGGAUGCUGUAAGGAAACAUAUGUUGGAUAAGGGUCAUUGUCAAAUGUUGCAUGAAGGUUUGGCUUUGGCAGAAUAUGCUGAUUAUUAUGAUUACAGUUCCAGUUAUCCAGAUCAUCAAGAAGGUAUGGAUGUGGAUGAAGAAGUUGUACCCGAUCUCCUGGAUGGUGAUGAAUAUCAAUUGGUUUUACCCUCUGGCGCCGUAAUUGGUCAUCGUUCAUUACUGCGUUACUACAAACAACGUUUGAAUCCCAAUCGUGCUGUGGUACCUAAAAAAUCCGAUCGUAAAUUACAUCAUCUCUUGAGUACUUAUCGCUCUUUGGGCUGGACAACAAGUGAUCAAAAUGCUGCUGCUCGAAAAGCUCGUGAUAUACAUGUUAUGAAGCGUGUCCAAGCUAAAUGGCAAAUGAAAUUGGGUUGUCGUGCCAAUAAAUUGCAACAUCAUUAUCGUGCUCAAGUUAUGUUCUAAGCUGGAAGGCAUGUUAUAGAAAAAUUAUUGCAAGUGAAAGGUUAUUUUAGUUAAGGAAAUUUAAAAUUGAUAAAAGUAAAAUAUCAAAAAAUUUGAUAAAUGAAAAAAAGUGCAAGAUG